CGGUCAUUCCAAGCACUUAAGACGGCUAUGCUCAUGGCACCCGUCCUUAGCAUCUAUGACCCCACCCUGCCGACGCGAGUGACUACGGACGCUUCCGGCUAUGGCAUUGGGGCAGUCUUGGAACAGCACGACGGCGACGACUGGCACCCUGUGGAGUAUUUCAGCCACAAAGUGCCUCCCAUCAACUCGCUUGAUGAUGCAAGGAAGAAGGAGCUGCUCGCAUUCGUGAUGGCUCUCAAGUGCUGGCUGCACUUCCUCCUUGGGCGUCGUAGGUUCACAUGGGUCACAAACAACAAUCCGUUGACCUACUAUAAGACGCAGGAUACGGUGAGCAGCACGAUCGAACGAUGGAUGUACUUCAUCGACCAAUUUGACUUCACACCGAAACAUGUCCCCGGCCUCUCCAAUCGCGCAGCAGAUGCACUCUCGCGAGGACCUGAUCUUUGCGCUAUGACACAUCAUGCCUUCGCAUUCGACGAGGAGCUUCAGCGACACUUCAUCCGGGCAUAUCAGUCUGAUCCGGACUUCGGCACGCUCUAUGCACAACUAUCUUCGGAUCACCCGCCGGCCAGCCAUUACCGCAUUGCCGACGGGUACUUGCUUUUCCACUCGAGAGGCAAGGACUUACUAUGUGUCCCACGCGACCGUCGUCUUCGGACUCGCCUCCUCAGUGAGUAUCAUGAUUUACGACUCGCCGGCGAUUUCGGAGUCAACCGCACUAUUGCACGGCUUCGACAACGAUUCCGAUGGCCCGACCUCAUUACCGAUGUCACUCGGUAUUGCGACUCUUGCGAAGUUUGCCGACGCAGCAAGCCCCGCAACCGCAAUCCCUAUGGCGAGUUACACCCGAUGCCUAUCCCACGGGAACCCGGUCUCUCCAUUGCCAUGGACGUCACCGGUCCGUUUCCUCGCGACCGGCUCGGGCACGACGACAUUCUCACGAUUGUGGACCGAUUGAGUAAGUACGCGCGUUUUCUCCCUUGCAAGUACUACUCCACGGCUCCCGAGCUGGCACGCCUCCUGCAGACUGGUUGGAUUUGGACUGCUCUCAUGCAGGAAUCCGACACAACAAUGAAACCAAGUUCGGCUCGACAUCCUCAGACAGACGGGCAGACGGAGCGGGCACAUCAAACCACUCAAAUGAUGCUUCGUACGCUCAUCCGUCCGGACCAGAAAGAUUGGGUUGACCGCCUCCCCGACAUCGAGUUCGCCUACAAGUCUUCGGUGCAUCCGGUGAUCGGCGUGACUCCAUUCGAGUUGCACCACGGUGGACGGAAAGGCCGGAUCUUCGCCGACCUUCUCCUCCCUCGACCAGCCGACAUUAACGCUGCCUGCUCUCCCGCUUCCGUCUGGAAGUACAGGGAAUUGCUGACUCAAGCCCGGGCAAAUAUGCAAAAGGCUCAAGUCYGCAUGCAGCAGCAAGCCAACAGGCGUCGUGUACCGUGUCCCAUCCGCGCCGACGAUCUGGUUUGGGUCUCCGCGGAAGAGUUUGCACUGGAACAGGAUGUUUCACGCAAACUGCUUCCCAAGUGGUUUGGACCUUGGUCUGUGACAGUAGCCGCGGGCGAUGAGCCCAAUGCCCCUUCAUUUGUGAUCAACAUUCCAGAGUAUVUGACGGUCCAUCCGGUCUUCCACGCCUCGAAGCUGGCAACAUACACGCCAGCCAAGAGCGACGACUUUCCGGACCGACGAUCGCAGGACCCUCCUUCUAUGGAUGGCCAUCAGGAAGUUGACCGCGUCAUCUCCGAUCGCAUGUACGGCAGCAAGCCGCGGCAGUACAAAGUCACAUUCAAAGCAUGCGAUCGCGACGACACUCGGUGGAUUUCAGGCGCAAAUUUGAAAACAUCCGCACCGCUGAUCUACGCGCAUUAUGAAAAGCGGAGAACAGACCAAGGUGGCGACUGGGCCACCUCAACCUCCAGCAGUCUGCAACAGUCCAUGGAGGACUGGGCUUUUGGGCUUGGGGUGGACAAACUUCUGCAGGCCCUGGAGGACCGAUUUGCAGACAAGGAGUGGGGCCGCAAGGCUGCUGACAGGAUUGCUCGCCUGGGACAGCAGCGGUAUAGCGGGACUCUACAGGCCUUGUUUGCUGAGUUCGAGCAACUUACCUCCACCCCUGGGCUGGUCAUGUCUACAGAUGAUAUGUUAACCACCUUCUGCAGGGCAGCGCCUGAGAAGUUUGUUGUUGCAUUAUACAGCGCUGGGCACAAGGACUGGAGGUCCUUUGGCCGUGCAGCCCUGGACAUGGAGGCAAAGCUUCAUGUCCAGGCCCCAUCCUCUGACAGGAGGAAAGGUGCCUUCCCUAGAGGUGGCAGAAAGGGAAAGGCAACCUUCACUCAUGCGGGGUCUGCAUCAGGUUCAGAUACACCUUCAGCUGGGACUGGAUCUGCUCCUGAUCCGGAUAUUGCAACAACCCUGACUCAGGCUGUUUUGGGAGUUCUGCAGCAGCGGAAGAGAUUCUCCCCCACCACAGCCUCAGCCAGUGCAAAGGGGAAGGAUAAGGGACGUCGGCCUUCCUCUUCCCAGCGCCCUAACUUGUCGAAAGACGUUCGGAUGCCAGCUGACCCUCUCAAUCCCUCCACACUCCCCUGGCAUGACCUCAAGAUCCAGGAGGGAGUCUGGAGAAGACACAAGGAAAGAGGGGUCUGCGUGAGAUGUGAGGGACAACACUUCCUGAAGGACUGCCCUUACAUGCCAGGCCCAGUUAAAAAGUUGCAUCUGGGCAUGAAAGUUCAGCAGCUGCAGCAACCGCUGCUAGUGAGGAUUGGUGACUCUACAGUGCUGAGCAUCAGGGAGAAGGUCAAGGGUAUCCCUGUGACCUUCGACAGUGCUGGAGAAGUCAGACAUAGUCUGAACUUCUACAUCUUUCCUGAGCUGCCCUUUGACUUGGACGUCUCUAUGCAGUGGCUGAAGGCAGUCAACCCAAGGAUCGACUGUCAUAUCCCAAAGGUUGAGCUACCUAAUAGCCAGGGUGUGUAUCAGCCAUGCAUGAUUGCUGCUGAUCACCACCCUAAGACAUCUUGCUACUGCCUGAGAGCUAGAGAGUUUCAUGCUCUCUCACGCCAGUACCACCACGAGCGUCUGUUUAUUGCUUUGGUCAAGCAAACAGAUGCUCCCCCUGUUUCCUGUCCUCCUGAGAUACAGCAGGUGGUAGAUCAGUAUGCUGAUAUGAUGCAGGAGCCCUUUGGGUUACCCAAUCGGCCAACCAAGCAUCACAUCGAGCUGCUGUUCGGAGCGGUCCCUCCCAAGGGCCGCAUCUACAGGAUGUCCCCUGCUGAGCUUGAGGAGCUCAGAAAGCAGCUUGAGACCCUGACCAGCAAGGGUUUGAUCAGACUCAACACUUCUGAAUUCGGUGCACCAGUUCUCUUUGUACCCAAAGGGAAUGGCGAGUUCAAAAUGUGUAUUGACUACAGGGGUCUCAAUAAGAUCACUAGGAAGAGUACUGAGCCACUUCCUAGGAUCGAUGACCUCCUGGACAUGGUGCAGGGCUGCACAGUGUUCAGCAAAGUCGACCUCAAAUCUGGCUACCACCAGAUUGAGAUGGAAGAGGAGGAUGUCUAUAAGACAGCCUUCAAGAUCGGGUAUGGGACUUAUGAGUUCCUGGUCAUGCCAUUUGGACUUUGCAACGCCCCAGGCACCUUCCAGACAGAGAUGCACCGCAUCUUCAGGCCUUACCUGGACAAGUUUAUGGUUGUCUACCUGGAUGAUAUCCUGGUAUUCAGCAAAACUGCCAGGGAACAUGCGAAGCACUUGGCUCUUGUCCUUCAGUCGUUACGUGACAGCCAGUACAAGAUCAACAGAGAGAAGUCCUAUUUUGGAGUUCCCUCUGUUAUCUACCUGGGUCAUGUAAUCUCUAGAGAUGGUCUGGCUCCUGAAGCAGCCAAGAUUGCUGUUAUUCAGGAGUGGCCUCAGCCACAGACAGUACAAGCUGAGCGGGAUGAGCUCUACCAACGAUUUGAAAGCAGUAUCUAUGACGUGCAGCAGAGGAGCACAAUGAAGAACAUGUUGCUGGAGAAGAAGGUGCAGAUUCUCGGAGAACACCUGGAGAAAAAGGAGGCGCAGCUUGGUGAGGUCUUAGCAGCCUCAAACCUGGAUCCUGCUGCCUUGGAGAAGGUGUCAAAUAAGUUGGAUGAAGUUUUGGAGAACAAGAAUGAACUAAUCAAGGCGCUCCAGUUUGACCUGGCGAAGGUCUCAAAGCAAAAGAGGGACAGCUGCACAGAGGCCAGGUUGUUUCACAGUCCUCAUGAUGUCUCUAUCUAUAUAAAGAAUCAGCCGGGUCUUGCGUAACAGGCCGAUGCGAGACCUGGCGACCGAU